UAAAUUAACUUUGUUCUUCUACUUUGAUUCCACAAGCAAUACAUAUUCAUUAAAGAAAAUGUAGAGACUAAAUCAGUGGGUAAUGAGGGGUCUCCCCCACAAUCCCACCUCUCAACCGCCAGUACGAAUAUUCUGGCUUUUUCUCCUUUUUUUUUUUUUUUUUUUUUUUCUGUUUUUCUUUCCUAUGCUUGUAUAGGAUUCAAAGAUUUCUAUUCAGAAUAAACCAAAGUGAAUUGGGUUACACUUGUUUCUUGGCCUAAUGAGGAUUAAACCUGUAGCCGAACAGAGAGCUCUGUUUCCCUUCCUUUGUUCUCUCAACGUAAACAAGUUACUUCAUGUAUCUCUGUGGGAACUAGGAAGCAGGCAAGCGCCUAGACUCACAAAAACUUCCAGCAAAUUUGGCUGUCCGCCUGGUUACCAAGUAAUUAAAUGUAAGACGAAGGAUGAGUCCAACGGAGCUCACUCUCCAAGACUAAAAGGAGAACCUAAGUGCAGGCCGCCUCACGGAGCUCGAUUUUACCGUCAACAUGAAGGGACCAUCCAAUGUUAAUAUCGCUUGAAGGGCAGCCUGACGAUAGGAGCAGAGGCAGGUUAGGAAAACAGAGCAGGUGCUUAUGUAUAGUUUCUAGUGACAGCUGAUGCCUAACACUCCUCCCACCUGUCAUUAACUAUCUAAUGCUCGUCCAGUCCCGCUAGGCAGGAACGUCCAGAAGGCAGAGCCAGCGUCCCUUCACCGAGCCAGCACAGAACCUGGUGUCGGCUAGGUCCCCAGCCCCGUGAAGGGGGGUGGUGGUUACUGUUGAAGUCGAGAAAAGGUGUGAAGGGAAAAGAAGGGUCAGCAGGUGGUUGCUGUGUGUGUGCCAAAGCUCUAACAGGCAAAGAUCAGUACCCACAGUAACAGGUGGGUGUUGAAGAUCCUUGUAAUAAUAUCAUCUCACUCAGCAGCCCUCAUUGCCUUCUUUAGUUAAACAAAAAAAAGAAAAAAAUCCUGGAAGGUAAUAAAUCGUCGCAACUCCUUGAGAGAAGACUAAGUUCUGCUUUUCUGGAAUGGGAUCUGUCCUUGGCCUUUUAUAAAGUUCUGCCUGAAUGGGAUUGGGCUCGUGACUUGGUGCCGGAGGCCAAAUGAAUAGCUCAUCCCACCCCACUUCAGUUCUAGAAAUUAGAUCGCCUCCCCGGUAAUGAAUCCAUUUGCUCUGACAGGGUAAGCCCUCAGCCCUUGUGACAUUGAAGGUGGCCUUGGGAUUGGGGGAGGAGAUGGAUGGCGGCCACCCUAAAAGAUGGCACUUACCGUGGGGAAGAUUCAGAACCAGUUCAGAAGAGACUCAGCUGCUCCGAGCAGCUUGUCUGUGUCUCCCUCGCAAGCCUCAGUCCUCACCUCUGCUGCUUUCAGUAAUCGUCUCUCUGAACCCACCACGGCUUUACAGAGUCUACAGGCUAGGGGUGCCGCUGGUGAUGUCUACCUGGCUGUGUCCCUCCCUGUCACUCCAUGGCCUUACAGCUGUGGGAGGGAAUGGCUGGCCAGGGGGUUUGUCUCUCUUCUCUGCCAGCAUCUGAAAUGGUUUUGCCAGUUCACAUAAAGGUUAUGAACCCCCACGGUUGUUACUCUGAAACAAUAAUAGAUUCUUUUUUUAAAUUAUUAUUUUGGAAAACAGCGCUGCAGGGUAUCAAUAGAGUAUCCAAGCCCUUCCUACAAGUUCAAGUACAUUUUUUUUUUAAAAGAGUGUUUUCAAAAGUAUAGAGUGUGUUGAAUGCCUUUCGUUAUGAAUGGAUUAGAUGUGUGUUAUCUCCUGGAGAAAAAUGUGUCUGGAAACAUACUGCAUUCUUAGAGGGAUAAUUAGUUCAUUGUGCUUAGCACAGAGAGUCCUCCCAUGGUGUCCUCAAAGAUGGGACUGAUCUACUAUUGAAAGCAAGAGACUAUUUGUAACAUAUUGCUUGCUCAAUAUCUAAAAAUUGUUCAGUUCAGAAAUAACUAAGACUUGAUUUCAUCGUCUCUGGACAAUAAAGACCGAAAUAGCCUAAUAAAAGAACAAAGUGAAAAACAGAGCUAAUGAUUGUCCUAGACUCAGAGAAAUGAGCCGAUGGAGGAACACUCCAGAAACAGCAGGAUUUUAGGCAACCUCAGUUGGCUUUCAUGGCAGACUGACAUAUGACCGAGACCUGAAAAUAUGACUUGAUUGCAAGGUAAGGGUGACUGUGAGAAAGUGUGAAUAGUACGCGUUGUGUGUUUCUUUUCUAAAAUUCAUAUGACCGUGACUCGAUACUGACAUUUUAGUGCAGUAGGGGGUGAAGAAUUGUUUUCAGUUGGAAGAUUUGAGUACUGGAAACCAUUUAUUAUUUAUACUUUGGUUUCUAUUAUUAUGUUCAAUACUCCAGGACUAACAACAAAAAAAAUAAUACCUGCAUUUAAUUUCCCCUAUACGUAAGUGCUUUUGUCUGCCUUACAUCUGUACCUUUUGUUAAGAGCAACCACUUUUUAAAUUCGUGAAGAUAAACUCAUGAUUAAAAUUAUUUCACUUUGAAAAUCAUCUUUGAGAAAGAAAAAACCAGAUUAGCUUUUGUGUUUGUUUAACAAAGUAUAUACUUUGGUUUCUAUAACAAUCGCAAGGCAGAAUUUAUGGCUAGUGACAUUUUCUGGGUUUAGAGUAGACGGUCUGGAGGAGUGUAUAUAGAUUUUUAAUAAACACCUGCAAUGCAGAAGGGUGUUAGUACAUUACAUCUCAUUUUCAGGAGGAAGGUCAGUGUAUCCUUCUAAGGGACAUCAGUGGGGAUGUGGCAGUUCUUGGCAGGCGACUGGCUCGAGUGUUUAUCAUAUUUAUUCUGUGGUAUGCACUCAGAAAAAUGUAAUCUGCCUUUUUCUAUCAAAGAAAAAAGCUCUAAUGGGCUAAAAAAAAAAAAACCUUAAGAAUGUUUUGUCAGUGUCCUGUGCUUUAGAAAAUGGUUGGUUUCACCAGUUUGGGAAAUGGCAAGAUCUUAAAUCACCAGAUAAACAGCCCCCCCUCCCCACUCCCAGCAUUUAUAUUGUUACAUGCUGUGUAUAAAAUAUUAGUUGUGGUUUGAAGUACCCCCUUGUAACUCCUAGCACCUCUGUAUCUGAAAAUGUAGGAUUGUAUUCUAAAUCUGCUUUAUCCGGUAUUGGUUUUAGGAAGCAAAAAUCUUCCCUUGCGUUCAAAAAACAGUGUGUGUGCCUUUGCACUGCUUCCUUUCUCCAGGACAUUCCUUCACCCUUUGUUGCCCAGCUUCUUGGAGCUGUUGCCUGGCUGCAAAGUCAGCAGAGGAUCGCAAUUAGGUCAGACCCUGUUAAGUCCCUAGAACCGCACGCUCUCUGAGCCUCCCCCUCUCAGCCUUCCCAGCCCUCCUGGACAGUCCCCUUGUGGCCUCCUUCCUAAAAGACCUGUACGGUUCCUGGGGAGGACGCGGACGUGCACAGGCUAAUUCAUACUAGGGUAGCAUUGACUCCAUAAACCCUCCCGGGAUAGAUUUGAGUGUUCACUGACAACUUUUAGCUUAAACCAAAAGACCUGGUUUCUCAUAGCGGAAGUGCACGCCCUAUGGCAGAUGUCUGGGAAAAGACGUUUUUAAAUAGUGGGGCUUUCUGGUCCUCCUCCAAUGAGGCCACAAGGCUGGACUGCACUUGGCUCGCUGGCUGGUUAGUGCUGUAGACCUGUCCUGUGGGGGCUGUUCUUCCACCCCUGGGCCCCCAGCCCUGGUGGGGCUACUGUGAAUAGCCCCUAUCCUUCCUAAUUGCCUAAGCGAAUUAACAAGCGAAUUAACAAGAGCUGCUUUCCAGUAAGAGUAUAUCUCUUUCACCUAACAAGGCAUGAAUGUGCAAUAUAUCUGCGACCCAUCUCUUUGUCCCUUACAAAGAGACUUUGCUGAGUAAAAACAGCCCUUUCCUCUGCUCUUGAUAUCGGCAAAUAAAUUCUACAGGAAGAAGCAGCAAGGAUGCCAGUGUUUGUGCCUUUUACGUGUCUUGGGAUUUAUUUUGCUCCGUGCACAGAGGUCCAGCAGGGCACCUACAAGAGCUGGUGCCAGCCCGUGUACUCCACAUGUGGGACAGGAGAUGAGAAGAACCGGAAAGCAAAGCCAUGGCAGAGUAAGGUGGGACACAGAGAGGCCUUGAGAAAACACCCAGGCACACACACGGAGGCUCCUCUGCCCUCAGCUGUGAAAGAGCCUUGAAUGGUUCUCCAGGAAUGUUCCUUUCCCUUCCCUUUUCCUCUCUGCUCUUAGGUCCCUGAGCCUUAUGCUUUGUUCAUUUGUUAAUUCACUUAGCAAACACUUGGUACUGGGAUAAAUAUAAAGGCAAAAAGUGUGUGUGUGUGUGUGUGUGUGUGUGUGUGUGUGUGUGUGUGUGUUCCCUGCCCUGAAAAAGCUAGAUUUUUUUUUUUAAGUUAGUUUUCAAAGCUUAGAUUCAAAAUCCUAUGAACCAGCCAUGUUUGCAGGUGUGAUAGAGAAUGGUUCCAGUUACUUGCAAGAAUUAGGAAAGAUCUUUACUUACUAAAACAGGAAUCACAGGUGAACUAACAAAUGACUAACCCAUGGGACCAAAUACGCCCUGUGCUGUCACUUCAAAGCUGCCCUACAGGUUGGGUCACUUGGUUAAUGCAGAAGUUUACAGACUGCCCAGCAUCCACACUGGAUACAGCCUUGCUGUAAUGUACACAGCAUCUCUCAGAAAUGGCUUUUAAAAAAUGUUUCUUGGAAAAAAAAAAAAACCCAAGUACAAUAAUACUGUAGUAGAAAAUAAAAGACUUGUGAUCUGAAGGUAAGGACCCAAAACACAUGGGUCAGGAGAAAGCCAGGAGCCUCUGUAUAUGUACUACCCCCAUCUAAGAAUUUAGAUGUUUGCAUCUUCCACAUGAAGAUCAAAUCUACAGUAUAGGAAGGUUCCCAGCUCCGCAAGCUGAGGGUCCAGGGUAGAAACGAGACCAUUAGAAAAUAAUGAAAUAUGAGACCACGUGAUACUCUGAGUAUCGUAAAGAGCCAUUUAACAACUAGAAGGUGCAGGGGGCCAGAGUUGCUAUGGAAGAUUUGGUGGAGCUUGUAAAAUUUGAACUGACUCUUAGCUAAGCAGGAACGGAGGUUUUGGGCAAGGGUCUAGGGGACGUUAUUUGGGGGGCAAGAGAUAUCACUGUGGAGCUCAGUAUGGAAGAUUAAGAGAGUCCCCUACAGCCCCGGGGAGGACCCUUCCUCACAAACUGCCUUUUCAGCAUCUGUGAUUUAGUGAUUUCCAUCAAACUGGUGAAUUUUGUGGAAGAGAAAUCAUUCUAAAAGUUGUCCUCUGAACUGACGGAUCAAUUUCCAUCAAAAUGGCUUACUUAGGUGGCCUUACAUAGGUCCUGCCUUAUUUGAAAGGAAAUCGCCAUUAAAACAAAUUAUCCUAUGAUGUUGUUAGCUUAAAAUCACGUAAUAGGUCUGAUAGAAAUAUCUGUAUUAAAGAUGCUCAGCUCAUAUUAUUUUCCAUGACCCCAAAUGAAUGCUUUAAAUGGAACUUCUAUUUAAAGGAUUUGAUCUUUCGAAAUAGUGUAGAUUUCCGUGUCUGUACGUAGACAUAAUCCAUAAUUUGAAUUUUAGCUCUGUGGUGCAGUCAUAUCAGUUUUCAAUAACAGUUUGUAUUUCUGAAGACCCUUCAUCUAAAGAACUCGAUAUCUUUUUCAAAUAUGAACCUUUUGGGUCUUUCUGUAAAAAUACACAUAGCAUUUUAAGAAGGACAGAUGGCCUUAUGGAAACUGAAAUCCAAAAUAAUCUGAAGUUCUCUUGUACUAAAGGGUUGGAGUCCGAUCAUCCUGCCUUUGCUACUUCAUAUUUAUGAAUUAUAAGAAUUAUCUAACAAAUGCCUUUGAGUUUACAUUUUCAGUGUUUUUCUUCAGGUGGAUUUUUAAGUGCUUUUUAAAAAUUUUUUUAAUGUUUAUUUACUUUUUGAGAAAGAGAGACAGAGCACGAGUCGGGGGAGGGGCAGAGAGAGGGAGACACAGAAUCCGAAACAGGCUCCAGGCUCUGAGCUGUCAGCACAGAGCCGACGAGGGGCUCGAACCCACAAACUGUGAGAUCAUGACCUGAGCCAAAGUUGGCCGCUUAACCAGCUGAGCCACCCAGGUGCCCCAAUGCUGUUUGUUUUUUUAAAUGAAGCUUAAAUAGAUUCAUGUUUAACUCUGCCUACUUAAAACUGUAUUAAAUAUCUUGUUAAAGGAAAGGAAACGUCCAGACGUCUUCCAACUGGGUGAUUCACUGCCACCUGCAAACUUCACUUGAAAACUUAUGUUAAAGAUGUGUCCAUUUACUGUGAAACAUACUUAUAAUUCAGGAAGUGAACUUGAAAAUAUCAGCGCUCCAAAGAUCUUGAUUCUUUUGUGGAAUUUAAUGAGAAUGGUAGCCGGAGCCAGGAAGGUGAAGCCCAAGCAGCUUUAGGCGAGUGUGGGUUGUAUUUGAUGUUCACAAAAGAAUGGCUGUCGCAGGGUGUUGCUCAGCGAAGUGUGCAUUUUCAAGUUACCCACAGUGGUGUCUAUUGUCCUGUUUCUCAAUUGAAUGAUGUCAUGUUUCAUUUAAGGCUCUUAGUGAUGCUGAAGUCUGUGGUCUGCACACUAGGGGGAAAAAGGCAGUGAGAAAGUUGCAAAUCAGGUUUUUGUAAAGCCUUUGUGUGUUGGGUUUUGAGAGAUAAAAGCUGACUCAUGCAAUAUUUCUGCGGAAGGAGCUGCACGGACUAGUAAAGGCUUCUUGUUUUACCUGACUGAGCUCCCAGUGAGGUCACUGCAUCAGCUGAAGGCAGACGAUGCGGCUUAGCCUGGGUAAGAGCACAGAUGUGCACCAGUUAGGUCUUGAAGUGCCAUCAGCUGUAGCAGAAAUUCCAGAUCCCAAGACCAUAGCCAGGCAUCCCCGCUCCCAGGAACUGAAGGCCAUGGAGCUCUCUGACAGUGACCGCCCCGUCAGCUUCGGCUCCACGUCGUCCUCCGCCUCUUCCAGGGACAGCCAUGGCUCCUUCGGCAGCAGAAUGACCUUAGUUUCGAACAGCCACUUGGGCUUGUUUCACCAAGAUAAGGAAGCCGGGGCCAUAAAACUGGAGCUGAUUCCGGCCAGGCCGUUUUCCAGCGGCGAGUUGCAGAGGGACAGCGCCGCCGGGCAACAGAACGCCGACGAGGGCGACGAAGGGCAGCCCCGGGCCCAGCGCAGAAUGGAGGCCAACGGGGCGACCCAGCCGGGUGCGGAGUCGGCCACCAGCCCCAAGCUCCUCUAUGUGGAUAGGGUUGUCCAGGAAAUUCUGGAGACCGAAAGGACUUACGUGCAAGACUUGAAAAGCAUCGUGGAGGAUUACCUUGACUGCAUCAGGGACCAAACAAAACUUCCGCUGGGGACAGAAGAAAGAUCAGCCCUCUUUGGAAACAUACAGGAUAUCUACCACUUCAAUAGUGAACUUCUACAAGAUUUGGAAAACUGUGAAAACGAUCCUGUGGCCAUAGCAGAAUGUUUUGUGUCCAAGAGUGAAGAGUUCCACAUUUACACGCAGUACUGCACUAACUAUCCAAGAUCAGUGGCUGUGCUAACAGAGUGCAUGCGGAACAAGAUGCUGGCCAAAUUCUUCAGGGAACGUCAGGAAACUUUGAAACACUCACUGCCUCUGGGCUCCUAUCUCUUGAAACCAGUUCAGCGGAUUCUCAAGUAUCAUCUCCUUUUGCAUGAAAUAGAAAAUCACCUUGACAAGGACACAGAAGGCUAUGAUGUGGUGCUUGAUGCUAUUGACACGAUGCAGCGAGUGGCCUGGCACAUCAAUGACAUGAAGAGGAAACACGAACACGCGGUCCGGCUACAGGAGAUACAGAGUCUGCUCACUAACUGGAAGGGGCCAGACCUGACCAGCUAUGGGGAACUGGUGCUCGAAGGGACCUUUCGCAUCCAGCGAGCCAAGAAUGAGCGGACGCUCUUCCUCUUUGACAAGCUGCUUCUGAUCACAAAGAAGAGAGACGACACGUUUACGUACAAAGCUCAUAUCCUGUGUGGCAACCUCAUGCUCGUGGAAGUGAUACCAAAGGAGCCUCUCAGCUUCAGCGUCUUCCACUAUAAGAACCCCAAGCUGCAGCACACGGUUCAGGCCAAAUCCCAGCAAGACAAGCGCCUGUGGGUUCUGCACCUGAAGAGACUGAUCCUGGAGAACCAUGCGGCAAAAAUCCCAGCUAAGGCCAAGCAAGCGAUACUUGAAAUGGAUGCCAUUCACUAUCCCGGUUUCUGUUACAGUCCCGAGGGAGAGACUAAAGCAUUCUGUGGUUCUAGAGACGGUACUGCUCCAUAUCGGCCGAGAAGAAAAUCUGAACCUUCCUCAAGAUCACAUAAAGUCUUGAAGACCAGUGAAACAGCACAAGACAUCCAAAAGGUCUCCAGAGAGGAAGGGUCUCCCCCGCGGACCUCAACGGGACCAUCUCCCGCACAGAGGAACAGUCAGCCGAGCACUUCUGCCAUUAUCAGCGUGCUUCGUGGGGGAGGAGCCAUCAGAAACAUCUGGACGGACCACCAGAUCAGACAAGCCUUGUUUCCUAGCCGUCGGUCCCCUCAGGAGAAUGAGGAUGGUGAAGAUGACUAUCAGAUGUUUGUGCCCUCUUUCUCCUCCUCGGAUCUGAACUCUGCCAGACUGUGUGAAGACGGUACUUCCAGUCGCCCGUGCAGUUGGCACAUGGGACAGAUUGAAUCCACAGAAGCCACCGGCUCUGGCCACCGGGUCGUCAGGCGGGCCAGUAGCGCUGGCGAGAGCAACACGUGUCCCCCCGAAAUAAGAAUUCGGGACGGUGGUGGCUCUCAGUAUAGCCCCCGAAGGGAACUGCAGAGUGGCCCUAAAACAGAAGGGCAGGAAGGAAUGACUCCCUUUGGGUCAUCCGUAGAGUUGACUAUCGAUGACGUAGACCAUGUCUAUGACAACAUAAGUUACGAGGACUUGAAACUGAUGGUUGCCAAACGGGAAGAAGCCGAACCCACGCCCCCCAAAACAGCCAGGGACUCUGUCCGCCCCAAGAGCACCCCGGAGCUGGCCUUCUCAAAGAGGCAGGCUGACCACGAGAAGACCUCUCUGCACACGAUGAGGGACGGAGUGCCAACUGGUCGCCAGGCGUCGAACCAAAGCACACACGAACUCCAGAUGGUUGAAGAAAACAUCUAUGACACCAUAGGGCUCCCAGAUCCACCCUCACUGGACUUCAAAUGCAGCAGCCUGAAGCGUCCCAAGAGGAGCACCUUCUUAGGUCUGGACGCCGACUUUGCAUGCUGCGACAGUCUGAGGCCCUUCGUUUCCCAGGACAGCCUCCAGUUCAGUGAGGACGAAGCCCCUUACCACCAGGGCCCCUCUGAUAAUGAUUAUUUGAGUUUGCUCUAUAACUCUUUCAGCUGUGACCUGUCCCUAGCCGAUAAAUCGAUAUCUGAUAAACUGUCUGAAGAAGUGGACGAAAUCUGGAAUGACCUGGAAAAUUACAUCAAGAAAAAUGAAGUCAAAGCUAGAGACCGGCUCCUGGCAGCAUUUCCCGUCAGCACAGAGGACAUGCCGGGCAGGCUGUACUCCGAGAGCACCCCCGAGCUGGGCAGAGAGGCGGCACGUUCCGUGUCCACGCUGUCACUCCCGGAGGGCCACGCUUUCCUCACGCCGCUGAAAGACAGCGGCAGACCUAGCCGGGCCAACUGCCCGUUUGAGGAAGACCUGAUUUCUAAAGAAGACUCCUUUAUGAGUCUCAACCGGCUGUCUCUGGCCAGUGAAACACCUCCCAUGGAAAAUCCCUACGACUUGGCCAACAGCGGUCUGUCCCAAACAGACUUGGAAACCCCUGACCCUGGGAUGGAUGCCACAGAUAAGACAAGAAGCAGGGUUUUUAUGAUGGCCAGGCAGUACAGUCAGAAGAUCAAGAAGGCAAAUCAACUCUUAAAAGUGAGAAGCCCAGAGCUGGAGCAACCACUGGCCGGCCAGCAACAGAAGUCCACGCACAAAGACCUGGCGGCCAUCUUAGAAGAGAAGAAGCAAGGGGGCCCUGCCAUCGGUGCCAGGAUUGCCGAGUAUUCCCAAUUGUAUGACCAGAUUGUAUUCAGAGAGACCCCCUUUAAGACCCAGAAGGACGGCUGGGCCAGCCCUCGAGAACACUCCAACCCCACGUCUGCAUCAGCUCCCCGGUCCCAACAUGGCAGCGAGGAUUGGCUUUUGCAUUCAACCUAUAGUAAUGGAGAGUUAGUGCACUUCUGUCCCCAGCCAGAGCAAGACUUGAAGUCGAAACAUCCCACUUUAGAGAUCAACACAAAAAACAUUCCAAGACAGCUGUCCACAGCUUGCUCUGUGCCUUCUCUUCAAACCUCCGACCCUCUGCUGGGCUCCUUCCAGAGACACAGUGUGAUAGUCAGUCAGCCCAACAAAGAGAACUCUUACCAGGGCCACCUUUACAACUCUUUGGGUCGGAAAGGAAUCAGUGCUAAAUCUCAGCCUUACAAUAGGUCCCAGUCAUCUUCCUCAAUCUUGAUAAACAAGUCCGUGGACUCCAUCAACUACCCUGGAGAAGUGGGAAAGAAACAGCUGCUGUCUUUGCACAAAAGUUCAAGGUGUGAGAGCCACCAGGAUUUGCUGGCAGGUAUGGCUGACUCGUGUCAACAGGGCACUGAAAAACGCUCCGAUCUCACGCUCCGAGACUCACAGAAGGUUCUGGUCGUCAAUAGAAAUUUGCCCUUAAGUGCUCAAAUAGCUACACAGAACUAUUUUUCCAAUUUCAAGGAGACUGAAGGAGACGAAGACGACUAUGUGGAAAUAAAGUCAGAAGAAGAUGAGUCAGAGUUAGAGCUAUCUCACGGUCGUAGGAAGAAAGCUGACCCACAGAUGACGGAUGCUGACUUUACUGAGAAGACCCGUAGCAACAACACGUCUUACCCUGUGAACAGUCCGUGCUCUCCCAAAAAGCCAAUGGGUGACCCACUUGGGAUUUCACCAUACCUGACGUCCUACGACGAUUCGGACAAACUGAAUGACUAUCUCUGGAGGGGGCCAUCUCCCAAUCAGCAAAAUAUCGUCCAGUCGCUGAGGGAAAAAUUUCAAUGUCUUAGUUCCAGCAGCUUUGCCUAAGUUUCUUAGUAGAAGCUGCGCAAACCCAUGUCGUGUGAUGCUCACAGAUUACAGAUACUGACAGGUGUUUUAUAUGUACCAGAUUAAAAACGAUUUUGUAAUAA